AUGAAUUUCGCACCAUACCAGGAUGCAUCGCCAGAAAUAGAACGUGCUCUAUCACCUCCUCCUCGCACCUCGAUCGAUUCGCCUCGCGUUCGGUCGCCUCCUCCGAACAAACCCAUCCAGCCCAUCACCCGUGCCAGCGCUGGUACGCAGUCACUGCCACCAUUGCUUCCUCCCAGUGCAUUUGCCAAUGAUUUCCCACCUAGGCCGUCGUUUACCGGGGAACAUAGGGAUCAGAGCUUGGAAGCUUUCGAGACAAGCCUGCCUUUAAGAGUGGAUUAUGAAGCAAUGUUGGCAUACCUGGUCCUUCCACCAGCCGGAGGUGUCUUUCUCCUCCUAUUCGAGCACAAGAGCGACUAUGUCCGAUUCCAUGCGUGGCAAUCUAGCAUGCUCUUCUCGGCCAUAUUCUUCCUUCACUUAAUCCUGUCCUGGUCAAAGGUGCUCUCCUGGAUGCUGUUCGCAAUCGACUUGAUCUUGAUCGGCUUUCUCUCGCUCCAUGCUUACCGAGAUGUCGAGACUCUCGACCAUUUCGAAGUGCCUUAUUUUGGCAGGCUGGCCAACUCAUUUGUCGAGAAUGAGUGA